CCGGACACUUCCGCCACGCUGCCGACCUCCUAGGAGGCUGCGGGUUUGGGAUGCUGCAGCUUGCUGUAGGUCGCUGUGUUUGGCCUCUGUUAGACUCCUGUGUGAUUCCACAAUGCCUAAGAAAGCCGGUGCGACAAGCAAGGCCAGUGGCAAGCCUGGUGUUGUGGAGAGGGUGGGCCACGGGGCUACACUGGCGGGGAACAGAAGCAGCGCCUGGAGGGCGGAAGACCUCCCUUCGGGUCCAGGGUAAAAACCAAACCAAGGAACCAGAGACACCCCCACCUCCUGCAGGGCCUGUAGCAACUGAUCCUAAAGGUUUUGUCACCAUCUCCAUCCAUGCCAAACCUGGCUCCAAACAGAAUGCUGUGACAGAUCUGAGCACUGAGGCUGUUGGUGUGGCCAUCGCGGCACCUCCGUCUGAGGGAGAGGCGAAUGCAGAGCUCUGUCGUUACCUUUCCAAGGUCUUGGACCUCAGGAAGAGUGAUGUGGUUCUGGAUAAGGGUGGUAAAUCUCGGGAAAAGGUGGUGAAGCUCUUGGCCUCUACAACUCCAGAGGAGGUCUUGGAGAAGCUGAAAACGGAAGCUGAAAAGAAAUAAAGGCAAGCAAUGGCAAGCACUUCCUUGUGGAGCUCUCGUAAGAGUAGAGGAGGCCAAGAGGAAAGUAUACAGCGGUGCCCAGAUGUGGAGAAUGGAAUCCAUAGAUAGGAUCAGACUAAAAUACAAGUAGGAAAUCUAAGUCUAUACAUUAAGUACAGGCUCUCAAAUCCCUCACUGUGGGAGCUGGAGACACCUCAGUGGUUAAGAGUACUUGCUGCUCUUCCAGGGGAUCUGGACUCAGCUCCCAGCACUGGCACUGGAGGGCUCACAAACUCCAGUUGCAGGUGUCCCGACAUUCUUUUCUGACCUCUGAGGUCCCUUGCAGACUUGUGGUUCAUGUAUGUACAUCCAGGCACACACACACACACACACAUAUAUACUAAAUAAAUAAACCUUUCAAAUCCCCAAGUGCAAA